AUGGUCGCUCUAUCAGAGUCGGAAGUAGAUGAUAUAACGGACGAGUUUCUAGCAUUGAUGCUAGGUGAGCGCGAGUUCAUUGAUCGGUGGACGUUUAAUGUAGAGCAGGAAUUAGUUCGCACAGAAGCUGCAAAAGUGGAUGCUCCUGCUGUAACACCUGGUCAAGUAACAGGAACUAACAAACGGCAAGAAACAACAAAUGCGAUAUUUGAGGAACUGGUCCAUGCAAUAGACGCUUCCUCACAGUCUUUUUUGUCAUCAGUCGAUUUUGCGAUUUGUCAUUGCGAACCUGAGUUUAACAGAGAUGCAUCCUUAUUAUUCGCUGCUCGGCUUCAAAUUGAUCGGAUUUCGUCGAAGAAAGUGGAUCGAAGUCGACGUGAGGCAGGUGCUAGACGCCUUUUACAGUUGGUCCGGCUCUUCACAACAAGAAUAUCGUCAGCGUUUCAAAUAUCAAAUACAUGUGCUUUUGCUACCUCUCUUUGUGAUAUGUUGUAUACAUUCUGUGAUGGUGUUUCCGAUUCAAUCAAUGAGAGCGAGGUGAGGAUCAUAUCAGACAUCCGACGUGCAACAGAUGAUUUUAAUGAGCUCGUGGUGGAGAAAUUGUCGAAGGCUACAUUUGAAGCCAAUUGUGCUAGAAAGAGCGCUGCGACCCCACCACGUCAACAAUUCUUUAGUCCGCAACCGGCAAAAGUGCGCCGGCCACUGGUUCAGAUACAGCAGCGUAGUCCAGGGUAUCUGCUUCCUGCAGAGUUAAUGAAGAAACGCCAGAAAAUAGCUCGCUCAAGAAGUCAACCACUACUGUCAUUGCCUUCGUCGCAGAGGGUUGGCUCCAGAAAGCCCUCAUACAAACCUUUUGCAUCCGUAAUGUCCGUAACUGGUAGAGGUUUGGAGCACAGACGAGAUACAAUUGCACCAGAUGCAUUGUUGCAACAAAAAUUCGCCAGAGCAAACAAGGAGCCAGAUGUUGCCACCAUCCGGCUUGCGAAGAAAAUAAGUAUGGAAGUUAUGAGAGAUCUGCGCCAAACUUGCGACAACACUUUUAUCUAUUUUGAUAACAGAGAUGGAAUCUUCGAAAAAGAAGCAAUCCUCGAAAGAGAAACUGAGACUUGGAAGGAAAAGGAAGAUCUCGAUAAAAAGGCUGGCUCCUUACGAAUUACUGAACGAACUAAGCUGUUGGAUACCGGAAAUGGAACGAAGUCCACUGAUGCAGUUGAUGACACAGAAUCUUUAGAUUCGGAUGACAAAGACGAGACUGAGCAUGUCGACGAUGAAGAAUUUGCUGGUUCUGAUGAGGUGGAGGACAUGGAUCUGGGUGAUACGACCAAGAAUCCAGAGGAAGACGACUACCAGAAAGAAUUUAAAAUUCUUGGCCAGACUGAAUUCGAACCACUAAAGAAGAUCAAUGUCACAACGUCAUGGGUGUCGAAUGCUACUUUGUUUCCUGCUGAGAUUAUUAAGGAGAAUGUUGCAGAGUUAUCCUAUGUAAGCGGUUUACCCGAACCUGUCGAAAAAUUAGUAAAAGAAAAGAUCAAAUCGUGGUUUCCAGUACAGAAAGCGGUUCUUCCUUUUCUCGUUAAAGAUAUUGUGGAUGUGCCUGUUAUACGACCUCGAGAUUUAGCUAUUUCUGCCCCCACAGGAUCUGGUAAAACAUUGUGUUAUGUGUUGCCAAUAUUGGCUCAGAUCGGAACUCGUCCACGUGGACGAUUGCAAGCGCUUGUUGUAGUACCAGUACAAACACUUGUCAAGCAAAUAGAACAGGAAUUCAACACCUACAACGCAUGUGGAGUGAUCAUCACUGCGCUAUCUGGAGCCACAGAAUUCCGAAAAGAACAACGUCAACUCGCUCCAGAAGGUGUAUGCAUCUCAGAUGUCAUCAUUUCAACACCUUCAAGGUUAAUGGAUCACUUGACCAACCCUCAGAGUGGCAUAAAACUCAACUCUCUAAGAUUCUUAGUGGUGGAUGAAGCCGAUAGAAUGGGACCUUGGGUGCGGCAGGAAUGGCUGGGUGUUGUGGAACGUCGCAGUGGAGGUCUUACGAGGGCCACUUGCUUGGCAGACAUCCUUGCAACAAGAUGGGCACCACGAAAGAUUCUAUUGUCGGCUACUUUAUCUAGAGACGUUGAAGAACUGCACAUGUGGAAUCUUCACCAACCUAUUUUGUUUCGUGCUGAUGACUCGACAAACAAGGCGGACGUGAAUCUUCAACCCUCAGAUCAUAUCUCUGGCUCACUUUCUCUUCCUUCGAGUAUACAUCAUACGGUGUUAGCUGUGGAGCAAAAAUUCCAUCCGCUUAUAUUAUAUUUGAAAAUUAUGGAAAAUGAUUGGAAGAAGGUGCUUGUGUUUACUAAUGAAAAGGAAUCUUCCCUGCGAUUGUCAAUACUUAUUUCUCACCUCGCUAAAUCUCAAUUCACUGUAGAGCAACUUACUGGCGACUUGUUUGGAAAUCGAAGGGCCAAAGUGUUGAAACGAUUCAAGAAUGGCACUACUCGUGUACUGAUCUGUUCGGAUGUAUUGUCGCGAGGGGUUGACGUAGAUGCAGUGGAUUGCGUUGUGAAUUACGAUCUCCCAAAAAAUGAUCGGUUGUUUGUGCAUCGAGCUGGACGCACAGGUAGAGCCGGAAAUACGGGAUAUGUAUUGAGUCUCGCCGAAGGAGAAGCGCGGAAAAUCUUCGUGAAAAACGUAUUGCGGAAGAACGGAUUGUGGGUGAAUAGCGAAGAAGUGGUGAUUGAGAACGAGGUAUUAGAACCUCAUUUGAAUCGUUACAAAGAAGCUCUCGGACAUUUGAAAAAGACGUUUGAGAAGAAGAACGCAACAGGAAAGAAAAACAAAGUCAGCGGUUUCGCUUACAGAAAGAAGUCCAGAUAUCAAGCAAUUAAAGAAAAAAUCAAGCUGAGGGCCAAAAAGAAGUGA